UUAACUAUCCCUAACUAACCAUGGGUGACGACAAAGUAAAGAAGGGGCAUACUUCCCGCCAGAAAUGGAUGACGGGCGGCAUCCCAAGGUACAGCCGGUCCCAGAUGUACAAGAGGACAGCUAUGUACAAGAAGAAGAAGACUGUUGUGAAGAAGGAGAGGAAGAGGCAGCCUGCUAUGGUUGAGAAGCAGAUCGGUGGAGAGAAGAACGGAGGCAAGCGUCUAGUCCGCGUCAAGAGAUUGCCCCGCUACUACCCUACCGAGGAUCUGUCCCGUAAGUUGAACAACCGCAAGAAGCCCUUCAGCAUGCACAAGUCCAAGCUGAGGCCAUCUAUCACCCCCGGCACCGUCCUCAUCCUCCUGGCUGGACGCUACAAGGGAAAGAGGGUCGUGUUCGUCAAGCAACUCGAUUCUGGUCUCCUCCUUGUCACAGGUCCCUUUGACCUGAAUGGUGUACCUCUGCGCAGGAUCAACCAGACUUACGUCAUCGCUACCCAGACCAAGCUGGACAUCAGCUCUGUCAAGGUCCCCGAGAGGUUGAACGACCUCUACUUCAAGCGCAUGAAGCUCAAGAAGCCCCGUGGACAGGAGGGAGAGAUGUUCGAAUCUGAGAAGAAGGAGUAUACCGUCUCGGAAGAGCGCAAGGAGGACCAGAAGUCCGUCGACGGCCAGCUCCUGACCCUCAUCAAGGGAGUAGACUACAUGAAGGGAUACCUUCAGAUGGCCUUCUCACUCAGCACCAAGCAGUUCCCUCACAAGAUGGUCUUCUAGAAACCUUGCCCUCACUGAGUUGGGACAAUCUAGCAAGAAUCCUUGGACUUUGCACAACAACAUGUACAAUAAAAGAUUCAAAAUUACACUUUGGACUCGCAUGGACAAAGGCGAGCAUCAGCAGCGAAUGAGAAGUCGAUCAUCUGACUGGAUCUCCUUCACUGAAUACAACCCCAUCCCAUGGUAGACUGGAAUAUCGUAUCGUCUAAAACAAUUAAAAAAUCUAAAAAAUUACAAA